AUGGAUGCACAGAACCAGAUCAAAACAAACCUGAAGAAGAAUUACAUCCUGAUAGAGUUCUUUAUGUUUGUGGCAAGGACAGUCAUUUUGGGCUUGGCUAUUCAUGACAAUCCAUACUUGUCGAUUACAAAAGGAAUACAAGGUGCAUGGAUAAACACAAUUUUCCUUGACAUCACAAGCAUCUUCCAGUUCAUAUUCAUAUUUGACGUCAUACAGCGUGAAAACAUAUUCCAGCUGCUGCUGUACAUUCCGAUCAUCAUUUAUGCAAUGCUGAUUAUACUUGCAACGAUUCUUAAUGCAGAAAUCAUCGAGUUCAAGACAGGCGCUGUGAAAGGCAGAGCAGGGUUUUUGUAUGUGUACACAGGCAUCCUUAUAUUUGAGAUAUUGAUUCAUAUUCCUGUGUAUAAGAAGCUGAAGGCAAGCUUCAUGUGGUCGAACUUCAAGAAGAUAGGUGCAGACCCAAAGAUCAAUGGUAAGUUCAAGCAUAUAAUUUGUAGAAGCCUUUCAAAGAAGAGAGGAACUGAAUGUCAUCAAGAAGCUUACCACGGUGUUUGUAUGCUCGGAGGUUCUGGGCAUAUACUUUACAAAGGUUGA